CUUUGUUGAAUGGACCCGAUUUUUUCAUUAUUUUUCAUCAGUCUCACAAGAUCAAAUUUUCGUGGAAAUGGCUCACAAAAAAUUUGAUUGAUUUUGAGUUUUGUUCAAGUCCACAAAAUUAUGUUCAGGGAAUUUUGAGGAGAGAGAGAGAGAGAUUUUGGAGUAUGAACUAACAUCUGUAAUCAGGUGAAAUGCAGCGUGUGUUGAGCAUGCAGACAGCUCGAGGUUUUGGCGACUCAACCGAAUUUGUGACAAAACGCAUGUGUUUUUCCUUUUUAUUCUCCAUUGGAUUUUUGUGCUUCCUCUGUGGAUUUUUGGUUGGGAGAUUUGCUGAUCAAAGGGCCGCAGACAUAAGAGCUGAAAGGGAACAAAAAACGGUGGCUGGCAAUGGCCUUGAGAGUAACGAGGAACUACUCCAAGGGAUCCUUCAGGAGCUGGAGGCGAAAGGGUUCAAUGAAUCCAGAGAUCUCACGACGACCAUGAGAGGAGGUACAUUGAGGAGUGCACAAUCCAUGUUUUUAGGGUUGAAUUUUUUUUCAAAAUUACGGUUGAAUAACGGUUGUUUAACUGCGAGAAUUCAUGGAUCAUCCGAAGAAGAUCGAUACGUUGUUCUAACGACUGGAGGUGAUCAGAACAUUAAGAUUGUUCUCGAAAUAGUCGAGGAAUUACAUAAAUGGACGGCUGGUAACGAUUGGAAGCCACGCAGGAACCUAAUGUUCCUUUUAUACGAGCACUCCCUCAAUGACUGCCUCCAACUAUUUUCUGAUUAUGAAAAAUCAAAAAUUGUAGCUUUAUUAGCUAUUGACAAGACUCCAAUUACUGACAAUGGCUACUUUGUUGCAUCAGGAUCUGAUGUGGUUCAAACGACAGUUUUCGGUUCUUUUGAAAAUUACGCUGAAUCGAAAGCUUUUACGAGUACGUACCUGCCUCGGUUGAAGCUCAACAUCCCCCACUCGGCUAUUGCUUUUAUAAGCUCGACAAAUGACACCAACUCCAGAAAUCCUCAGGAGCAUCAACAGAAAAUUACUCGCUAUCAGAGAAAUCUUGCAAAAAUUGUAACAACAAGUCUGUGGAAUCUCUCACAGAUGAAUAUAUUUCAAUGGAAUCCGCGAAUAAUCGAGGACACAAUGAACAGAGUAUUUUCCAACUUGACAGCACCAGAUCUACGACCAUACAUUCAACAAAUAAAAGAAAAGUUGACCUCAAUUACUGAGUACGGACAGAUUCUAAAUGAUGAAAUCAGAGAAAUCGAUGGAGUAAAGUCUCUAGCAGUGCGAAUGACAAACGAUUUGCUGAAAGACGUGGAAAAAGCUCUCAUGUGCCCUGACGAUAAGUUUCAAUCACAAACUGACGUUGUAUUAAUUACCGAAUCACAGAAAAAUCAAGAAAUUGAACAAAUUCUUGAGAAAAUGCUCUCAUGUUUUGAUACAGUCAUUCAAAUAUUAAAGGGCAUGCCUUAA